GAAAAUUACUGCAUUCAUUGCGUUGCGAUGGAGGGAGACCAGCAUGCGCGGAAUGUGUUCGCUCGAAACAAGAAUGCCAGUAUGCUCCAAGACUACGACAACAAUCUACUUUACAGUGUCUGACGUGCAGGCAGAGAAGAAUAAUAUGCGACCUACAGAGACCAGAAUGUAGUGGAUGUGUUCUUUCGGGAAGGAAAUGCCUAGGAUAUAUUCAAGACCAGCCGCGCCCAAGCAUUGUUCUGCAAGCAACAGUACCAGAUGGUCCAGAUCACUUGCUGCCUAGCGAACUCGGACAAUUGAUGCAAGACACCCCCGAGAGCGACUUAUUACUUUUGGAUCUCCGUACGAAGGAGCUGUAUACCAAAUCACAUAUUCGUGGCGCGAUCAACUUGUGCAUACAUCUGACGCGGUUAAAACGAGGUCCUCUUGAGCCGUACAAGCUGCAGUAUGUCCCGGAGAGCAAAAAGGACGAGGCUAAAUUCGGUACAUGGGCUAAGGUAAAACAUCUAAUCAUAUACAACGACGUAAGAGGCGACGAUACACAUAACAGCCACGCGUUGAACGCGAUAAAGGAAUUCCAAGAUCAGGGUUUUAGUGGCCACCUCUGCUUGCUCAAAGGGGAUUUCCGGGAAUUCGCUGAUGCAUAUCCAACUUACGUUGACUUUCAGACAAGUCAAGGCGACGCAGGAUCGACUACCUUGACUCGAGAGAGCCUCUUUCCAGUUAAGAGUGAUGCGACCCUUUCUAUCCCUCUUGUUACAAAACCCAAUUCGGACCUGGUAGCGCCGAGUAACGCUAACAUGCACGUGCGCCGUGCUGGGGUUGAUCCAUCACCAUCGGAUUCAGGAUACGCGACGGUAUCACAUGGCAGUCGGGUGCAAGUCGAUCGGAUUGACUUGGAGAUUGAGGGUGACGAUGGUGAUUAUGAUGACGAUAUACAAACGGUGUAUACGGAAUUUUCAGGUGAUUCUGAUGUACGAACUGAAAGUUACAUUAACAUGUUUGCAGACGAUCUGUUUGAAAAGAUAGGCGGCAAACAACUGAGCGUCGAAAUGAUCAAGAGAAUAUCCGAUUCCCUUCCCACGCUAUUAAAGGCGUUGGCGUUGACUAUUGGCUACCAAAACCAAAGCCAAGUGCAACGGGACCUUAUGGUAUUUAUCCACAAACAAAGAGAGGCGAUCGUAAGGUCAUUUAAGGGCCAUUGCCACGACCCUGACGAUUUACAUACAUCCGACAUGAACCCUCUCCAAGAACCAAAACCCACAGAAAUAAUGAACCGCUGGCUAGCGUCCAGGGAUGAGUCGAAAUUUGAAGGGUUCGAACAUGUGCCGCACGUGGAUACCUCUGAAGGUGUAAAUCAAGAAGGCUGGCUCGAGGUGCCCAAACCAGUCGUGCUCGAAUUAGAAGAGUAUAAAAAGAUUCUUGUCGAGGAUCCUAGCUAUAUAUGGAUGCUCGCCCGACUACGCCGAGAUCUCAUACUUUCAACAGCACGGUACGACAUUAUAGAUCAGAUGAUGAGUGAAAUUCAGUCCAAAUUCCCGCAAACCAGGCAAGUUAGCCGAAAGAGGUCUCCUGAAGAAGUUCAGGUGACAUUCACUGUAGACUGGGACAUCAUGGACUUUCUCUACGAACAAAACUAUGAUAUCCCUCACCCUGAGGCCAUUGAGAACUGCGUUACAAUAACAGGGACCAGUACCCAUGCUCAGGCUCUAACCUGUCGGCAGUAUAUGGCACAGAUGUGGCCGUUGACGGGAAUGCAGACGCUAAGAGUGAUUCAGGAAGCGUUGAAGACGGCUGGAAGAAAGAAAAAGCUGUACUUCAAGGCCCCUUGUCGCUUGACUCUAGAGGCAUCGAUUGGCGUUGGAUCUUCUGUUGUUGUGACAGCAUCCGGGCUUUCCUAUUUCAUAGCGGAAAUAGGAGAACAACUGGCAUGGCUGGGCGCGACCCUAUCAUUAGGCAACGGCAGGAUAACUCGACAUAUCCCAUACUUGGAAAGAAGGGUGGCUACUAGAAGCGAUACGCCAGCCGCUGUGGGAUUCAAUAUAAGAUACAGUCAAGAACGUUGGGAUUCUGAUAAAAAGCGAUUAAAUGGCCAGUGCUGGAGCAAUCUUUUCUCAGAACCUGUCAUUGCUGGAGGCUUUCCCAUUCUACAGCGAGAAGAAUCAGAUACUGGCUUGGAGAUGCCCCUUGAGCUCAUGGUUGCUUUGACGGGAACCAAGUAUCUCGAUACCUUCGGUCCGACCAUGUUCAUUAAAGGCUACAAUACCAUGCUGGUACCAGCUAAGAAGUCUAAGGACCUGAUAGUAUGGCAUCUCUUCCAUAGCCGAAAGCCCUCCGAACGUAUUUCCUACCUAUUAUCUGACUUUGAGCCGGCUGUUAUCACCAAGAAAGAUAUCGGAAAAUCUCGCCACGUGCUAGGGUGGUGCGCCGACGCCACAUCUAUCGUUGGGACGACUCUAGCCAAAUACGAUAUCGGAAGAUCACGCCUACCUAAAACACACUCUCAUCACAUGUUAGAAAAGGUUGAGAUAUCAGCAGGGCAGUUCGUCACAGGCACAGCAGCUUUUACUCUUGGAAACAGAGAGAAGCCUGUGCAUAUCACCCGGUUUGGCUUUCUUACCAAACUUCAAUGGAUAUCCUCCAAGCACAUGAUUCUAUGGGAUGAAGGCGACAAGAGAGGAUGGCUAGUGAACGGAGCCAGUGCCCUUCUUCAUAUCCUUCGUGCGUCCCUAGCGCAUAGCAAGCGCAAGUUCCAAUCAGCAUGGCUCCUAGAGCCUGAUGCCUUGAAAGACCCUCCAGAUCUCACGUGGCCCGAUGCUUCCCUCCAAGUCCUUAUCAACGAGGACAAUCGGAAUUUGACCUUGUACAUGGACAGAACGGAGGUCUACGAGGAGAACAUCAGGGAAGGGGCAAUAACAAACAAUAGCUCGAGGCGUCAGACUAGACACUACCGUCUGGAAGAUAGGAUUGAGCACAUCUACAGUAUUUUGGAGAAGCUCAUUGACCAUCAAACGGAUGCAGAACGGCGCAGCGGUUUGCAAAUCAAGGUUAGACCACGCCAGCACUUAGAAGGCUGGGACUUCAAAGAUCUAGUCAAGGACGGUGAUCCUAUCUUUCCUCGAGUUGCCACGCUGUCGACGCUCGGGAAGGGCUGGGUGGACUUCACUCGAGCCAUACAUGCCGUGACGUUAUUCGGAACCGGGUUCGGCGAACUGAUCCAGCCACGGCAGACGAGUCUGAGCCCAAGCAUCUGCAGCCGCUGGUCACUACUACCGAGAGACAGGUACUAUCUCGCGGCCUGUGUAUCAAAUCUUCUCGAGAUCAUGGAGGAAGACGGCGACGCGGCUUCAAACCCACGACGAUUAUGCGACAAUAUCAUCUGGCACAUGAAAGCAGCAACCUUCAACCCGUGUCCGUGCACCAAGGACGCGACGAAAAGCCACCACGACCCCGUGCAAGUGCUAUUUCCGCUGAAACUCAAAAGAACUCUCAAGAAGAAAGCGCAAGUCGAUCUGAAGGGCACAGGAGCAGUAAUAUUCGGGCAGAAUGUGAAUCUACACUACCAUUACAAAGACUACGGGAGUCCUGAGCCGGGCGAUCCGCCGAUGGAGACCUGGGCUACUAUGACGGAUAUGCUCGAUGAUAGCGGAAUUGGAUCGAGCCUUAGUUCCUCGCGGUUUCUCUCCGCGUCUGACCCAAGUAGUGCCGGAUCAACGGGUGAUAAGUCCCCGACCCAAACUCAAAGCCAGUCCCAGAGCCAGUCUCAGAGUCAGUCUGAGCAACGACCCGACAGUCAAUCUCAGAGCCAAUCCCAGCUUCACACCCAGAUUACUUCGCCCAGUAGUUCCUCCGAGAUAACACCUCUGCGGGGCUCGAAGCAUUCUCUACGUGAAAUUGUUGCCUCUGUGAGCAAGAAAGUGAAACGGUGAUGCGCGCUAAUUUCCUGUCGGCAACGUCAUACUGUUGAUUGGUGACUUUAUAGAGCUGGGUAAGACUGCCCGGGAUGACAUAAGCUAAGGGAGUGGCUAUUCAUUAUGCUGCUAGAUUAGGCAGCUAUUAGGUAGAGUACCAGUUUAGGUACCUCCUCACUCCGCCAACAAAGGAACUGAUUAGUUAGUCGGUUAUUGAUUCACUUCAAUUUGCCCCUUGUAAUCGUUAAAUCCCCGU